UUCAGAAACGAAGACGAACCGAAAAAUAUGCAGCACGAUGAUGUCAUAUGGAGUAUUAUUAAUAGUACAUUCUGUUCGUUUAAAGUGAGAACCAAAUCCCAGAAAUUCUGUAGGAAUGAGUACAACUUAACAGGAUUGUGUAACAGAGCAUCGUGUCCACUUGCCAACAGUCAAUAUGCCACUGUCAGAGAAGAAAAGGGUGUGUGUUACCUUUAUAUGAAGACAGUUGAACGAGCUGCAUUCCCCAACAGAAUGUGGGAAAAAGUGAAGUUGUCUAGAAAUUAUGAGAAAGCUUUGAAACAGAUCGAUGAACAGCUCAUUUACUGGCCCAAAUUCAUCAAGCACAAAUGCAAACAGAGGUUCACCAAAAUAACACAAUAUCUGAUCCGAAUCAGGAGGCUGGUACUGAAAAGAAGAAAAAAGUUGGUUCCUUUAAGCAGAAAAAUUGAAAAACGAGAAAGACGAAAAGAGGAAAAAGCCCUGAUAGCAGCUAAAAUAGACACAGCCAUAGAGAAAGAGUUACUGGAGAGACUCAAGUCAGGAACAUAUGGAGAGAUCUAUAACUUUCCAUCCCAUGCUUUUGACAAAGUGAUGGAUGAGGAAGUAGAAGAAGAAUCCGAGUCAGAGAAGGAAGGAGAAGAGGAGGAGGAGGAAGAAGAAAAUGAUGAGGAGGAAGCAGAAGUAGAAUAUGUAGCUGAAGAAGACUUUGAGGAAAGUGACCUAUCAGAUUUAGAGGACAUGGAUAGACUUCAUGGUGAAGACAGUGAUGAAGAAAGUGAAAGUAGUCCAGAAAGUAGCUCAGAUGAGGACGUUGUUAAAAAAGGAAAAGGAAAGAAACUGAAGCCAAAGAGGAAGAGACCGAGAGUGGAAAUAGAAUACGAACAGGAAGUCGAUCAACCUUCAGCCUCAAAAAUCAAAACAAAAACCUGAUACAGGGAAGGUGAAUACAAGGAUUUUUUUAAAAUUCAAAAGGUCAUAAAUUCGUAAAUUAUUUACAUGCUUUGAUUUCCAGUGAAGUGAAUGGAAUACAUGUAGUUGAAAGUGACAAUAUCUAAAUGCCAUUUUUUUUCAUAGUAGACCACUUCAGUGUUAUUUUUCUUCAAUAUUUAGCAGAUGUCAUGAAUCUGUUUAAGACAAUGAGGGAAAAAGGAACAUCAGAAUGUAUAACCAUAUCAUAUUUGAAGAAUACUGUGGUACCUUGUAGAAAACUUGUACAGUGAAAUAGGAAAGCUAAAGCAUAUUUCUAACAUACUAUUCGGCAGUUUCCUUAUGUUUACUACUUUUAUGACUUAAAGAAAAAACAAACAGAAGAUCAGAUGUCCAUUCAUUGUUUUGUUUUAAAUGUAAAUAAAACUAUAAAAUAUUAUAA